AUUCAUAUCAAGGGAUGGAUUGUUUACAAAGACAGUCAAUGUGAAUGAAACUGGAGUGAUGAUCAGCAUGACUAGUCGUAAUAAUCCUGAUGCGAAUGGCAACGUGAUUACUUGGAUGAAAGAUGGAAGUGAGGUUCUUACAUCAUUUGGUGGGCAGACUCAGAUCAGCUUCCCAAACCCAAUCCAGACAUCAGACCAAGGAAUCUAUGAGAUCUACUAUGAUAACGAGAGGGAUCAAAAUAGAGGAGGAUUAUACAAACUCAUCGUCAGAGAAUGCGCUGCUGGUAAGUGGGGUCCCCCUGAGUGUUAUGGUAUCUGUGAUAAAUGCUACAAUGGUGGAGUCUGUGAUGACAAGUCUGGUCUAUGUAUCUGUCCUAACAACUUCAAGGGACCGAAUUGUUUAGAAAUUUGUAGAAAUGAUGGUGGAAAUCGAUAUGGAUUGAACUGCGAGUUUCGAUGUUCAUUAAGAUACAGUGAUCCUGCCACACACUGUCAUAGGCUUCUUUUUUGCCUACCUGAUCCUUAUGGAUGUUCAUGUGACGUCGGUGCCCAUGGUCUUGCAUGUAACACACUAUGUACUACUGGUACAUAUGGUCCAGGGUGUUCACAGACAUGCCACUGUGCAGGUGGUUCAUCAUGUGACAUUUAUAGUGGAAUAUGUACAGGUGGAUGUCUGACUGGCUGGUCUGGGGACAACUGUCAAAUUCCAGAUGAAUGUGAAGACGGUUACUAUGGAUCUCAAUGCACUGAUAAAUGUCAUUGCUUGAAUGAUAAACCGUGUGGUGAAGAUACUGGAGAGUGCCCUGAGCAGAAGUGCGCUCUAGGAUACAAAGUACGCAGUACUGGCCAGGUCAAAUGUCAAGAGUGUGAAGGGGGUACCUUUGGUUUGGAUUGUAUUCAGCUAUGUCAUUGUGCUCCAGAGGCUUGCGAGACGGAGAGGGGUCUUUGCCAGGGACAAUGCCUAGAUAGCUGGAUUGAACCUUACUGCAGUCAAAGAAUAUCCAGAUUGGUUCCAGUGAGAGUAAACCCAUACCAACCAUCUAGCUUCAUAUGUUAUGUUGAGGGCAUCCCACUUCCCGAUGAAUCCUCAGUUGAUCUGUACAGACGUACUGAAGACACCAAUAACAGGACAGGAAUCACCAUGAGAUCUAGCUAUGUCUCAGGGUCAGAACGAGCUGUUGUCUUUGAUGUUGAUAGUGUGUACCCACAUGGGGAAUACGAAUGCAUUCUAUAUGUUGGAAACACAGGCUAUCCCAGUACGCCAAUAAUCAACGUAACUUUUGUUCUGCCAGUCAUUGAGAAAGCACCAGUGAUAGUGAGCACCACGUCAACUACAGUAGGUCUUCAAUGGAACGCAUGGUCUGAAGAAGAUGGCAUAGGUAAUCCUCCUCUGGUAGGAUAUGAUGUCUUUGUAAUGAAAGAUGGUGACUGGGUAGCGGAUCAGAGAGUAGAGCAACCCACAACAUCAGCCUUUGUUAUCAACCUGACACCCGACACAGAUUACAUGUUUCGUGUAGCAGCAGUGAGGGAAGGAACAGGUGGAACAGGACCUGUGUCUCCUAGCAACAGCAUAAUAACCCGCUGUAGAAAACCCAGUGCUUCUCCAACUGGACUACAAGUUUCAGCCAUCAACCUUAAAGAGCUAGAGGUGAUAUGGGAGCACCUCCCCUCGGAAUCAGCAGAAUGCAGGAGUGGAGUGACCAAUUAUAUGAUCUACUAUGCUCCCUCUGGAUCAACUUCUUCAAGCUCUAUCCUGGUUUUUCGUGACACUAGCUCCUACACGAUAAGAGGGUUAGAUACCUAUCUGGACUAUACCAUUCAAUUGACUGCAUCAAAUAAAGACGAGGAAAGUGAUAGGAGCCAUGAGACUAUCGGCAAAACACUUGAAGAAGUCGCGCCUGCUCCUAUCAAUGUGGCUAUACCACAGAGUACUACAAGCUCCUUCACUGUAUCCUGGUCUACCCCUCUACCAUCUAACAUCAAUGGUAACAUCCAGAAGUAUAUCAUCCGCUACCAGCAGACUGAUCCCGUACUUGUUGAUGGUGACUAUAAGUCAGAGGAAGUAUUGAACGGUGCGUUUAAAGAAGAGCAUACUGUGGUAGACCUACCCCGUGAAAUCAACUAUACAGUUCAGGUCCAAACUGUCAAUGGAGCUGGUUCUAGCAAUUGGUCCGAGCCCGUGAAUGCAAAGACCAUCCUCUCAGGUGAUGAUAGUGGUACCAGGAAACCACUAAGUGCUGUGAUAGGGGGUGUGAUAGUACCCAUCGCUCUCAUCGCAAUACUACUAAUUACUUUGGUGAUGUAUAGAAGGAUCAAACAAAGACGUUUAGAGACUGAACCAGCCGCGUCCCCACCAAACAAUGCACGUGAGACCUCAUCAAAGUAUGAGAACCCUGGAUUUGAUGACUCAAAGCAAGACCCCAAUACCUACGAAGACCCGAAUGCUGAUACCCAUGUCUACCAAGAUCUUAAUACAGAUACCCCAAACUACCAGAAUCUUACCGACCCCCAUACGUAUCAAGAUCUAAAGAAACCCAACACCGACGUUACCUAUCUAGAACCCAUAACAUCAGAUCCGGGAGACACUUACGAAGAAAUAUAGAGGCAGCCCUAGCGAGGCAGAGGCUUGGGUAUGGUGCCAGCAUUGAUACAUGCUAGAUCAACAAUAAUGAACAUGUUAUGCAAUACACAGAGUUGGUUAUAUUUAUCAUGGUGCUCAUACUUCCUUACUAUGUGCUCAUACUACUGUAGUACACUAUUUCAAUUGUUGCAAGAAUUAUAACGAAACUUAAACAGCUACUUUCAAAAUGUUAUAGAAACAGUAAAUAUCUUAUGUGGUUUUUAAAUCCUGGUACUUGGUUAGGUAAUCCCUUUAGCAACUCACUCAGGAAGCUAUACUGGGAUGGUAGGUGAUCAUGAGGCGAGUAACUACAAUAUCACUUCUAGUUUGUAAAUUAAGGGAUGAAAAGGUAAAUUUAUGUCUGAUUUCGUCAAAGUGAUUGUCAUUUACAAUGCAAAAAUGCCACUUUUCACUGAUUCAAUAUUUGUGUACAAUAAUCUUUUUUAUCUGUUUUUCACUUCAAGCUGUGUAACAUUUCUUAUCGUCAGGUUAUAGAUAUGUUUUGUACAGAUUGGUUAAACGUGUACAUUAUAUAGAUUUAUUCAGAAUCUUGAGCCGAAGGCAGGAUAAAUAUCCUGUUGUAAACUUGUGUAAGAAUAUAUAUUAUUCAGUGUUAAGGUCUAUUACCCGCCAGCACCAAAAAAUAAGUAUGAUUUCUUUAAAACACGUCGGUCAACAUUUUGCCCAGGUAACGCAUUGAUAAAUGCAUGAUAGACAGUUCAGCCUUCGCUUGCUUUCUUCACCUUUCUGCCAGUCACCCGUUUGCCACACGUGCAAUUUUGCACAAAUCAAUAGGCACUAAUUUGCGGAAUCAUUACUUUGUGCAACACAAUCCGGCGUUUUGUAAAAUAAACUAAUUUCUGGUAAUGAUUAGCUCCGUGACAACCAUUUUAAUACUGGUACAGAAUGAUGUUGCACUCCCACCUUCAGAAUAUUCAGACCAGCCUGAAAUAGUAAUUGAAAGCAGGUAGUUCAUUUGUUCUGAAGAUCAAAAUAUCUUUCUCUCUCUCUCUCUCUCUUUCCUUCUGUCUCUCUCUCUCUCUCUCUCUCUCUCUUUAUCUCUGUUUAUCAUGUCAGUCACUCCGUCUUUCAUGGAUGUUUAAGUAUUUAAGAGGUUUUCAUAGUGCUUAGAAUUUUUUGUUUAAAUAUUGGAUCCAGAAAAUUGAGGAUUUGCCUCUUUGUUCGCAUUUUAUUUGCGAAAAGAGCGAUAUGUAUUGUUGUGACAGUGGCACUUGAAAUUACUUUAUCACCUAAGUCAUUUGUUUCUUGUACUAUAAUUAAUGCAUGACAUGAAUACAUAUAUAUUUGUAAUAGCACUUCCUCAGGCAAGGUUCCUAGUAAAGCGCCAUCUGUUGAUAUUCACUUGAUAUUAAACACUCAGAAGGCUACAUGAACAUGGUUUUGCUGAGGUUCAAAAAUCCCCUUUUUGCCAGCGCAUCAAGGAGAUUUAAGUCAUAAUGUUGUCAUUAAGUCAGGCAAAGAGGUUAUAUAUUUAAUGUAUUUCUAUGAAUUUUCGAAACAUAAAGUGGAAUUUAGUGUGUAUGUUUUGAACUUCAUACUGAGAGAAGUGUAUGUUUGCAGUAUGUAAUGUAAUGUAAGAAAUACAAGCCCAUGUUGGUUUAAUAUGAUGAAUGUACAUUUUACCUUGUAUCAAGAACAAAGAUAACAGUAAAGAUACAGCUAAAUACUUUGAAGAUAUAUUAUGAGAGUGCUGAAGCACUAAGUAGAGAUUUGGAAUUUAUUAUUGUCUAGUUAAUUGUUCAACCAAGCUAUUAUAAUGAAGUCUAGUUGAGACACUAGUAAUGCGAGUUUGUAUUUAUGUAAAGCCAUAAUGCAGAUGGACUAGAAUAGUGACUGGGAAAUUUGAAUAGGUUAUAAAGAUCAUGACACAAUUUACAUUAUUUCAUGAGUUUCUCAAAGAGACUGUGUUAUUGCUGUAUUGAUGAUGCUAUGAUGUACUUGUAUUUACGAUUCUUUAUCUGUGAUUUAUCCACAGUUUUCACGGAAUGAAACGGAUGAAAUGGUUACUCAAAUCAUUAAAGGCUACAAAUUCCCGUA